AUUAUUUAUCUCAUUGUAUGUGUGUGUAUGCAUUUAUGUAUGUUUCUGUGUGAGUAUGGGUACCCCAGGGAGGCUUGAAGAGGGGACCAGAUCUCAUGCUAGUGGAGUUAGAAGCACCUGUGAGCUGCCCAGCGUGGGUGCUGGGAACUGAACUCAGGUCCAGUAUGUGCUCUCCACGGCUGAGCCCACUGCUCUGAUUUUCUUAGACUUGGACUUCCAUGGAGCUUUAUUUGUAUGUGUGUUUGGAAUGGUCAUAAAGAUCACAGAAUGGAAAGGAACGGGGUCAGCACUAGCUGGUGAGGACUUAGUGGGCGGAGUCUGCGGGAGGCAUGGUAAUCACUGUGGCAGCUAACCCAGAGAAGUCCAGGCCUGUCUGUAAGGAUCAGUGAAGCCUGGCUCAGAAGCAAGCCAAACUCUGAAGCUGGGGGACAGUUGGCUGGGCUGUCACGUUCCCCUUUGUGGGGCAAGCUAGGUGUCCUGCUGUUGCUUCCUGCCCCUUAUGCACUGUUCACAGUCUUUAAUGUUCUGUGGUUUGAAGUUGGUGGCUUUCCCCGUUCUCAUGCUCUCUUUGCUACCCUGUCCUCAGGCGUCUUGGCUCUGGAGAAGGCUUCGUGGCAAGAAACGGUCAGUGAUGGCAUUCUGCCUCCUGAUGAUCCUAUCUGCAGUGACUGUCACUCACUUCCCCCCGGAGCAUCCAGCGUCCACCCCCAGACUUGGUCCCCUAGAGCUCCAGGGGAAAAUCGGCAUGCCUGAGCCCAACAUUUGGCAGACUUUGAACUCCAGCCAGAGGCAGCGGGCAAGAAACCUGGGCUUCCGAAAAGGCCGGGCUUUGCCCAGAGAUUCCAUCUUGGUCUGUGCCGAGAAGCAAAGCCACAGAGUGCGAGUAGACAGAAGCACACACCCACUGAGGGUCAGGAGAGAUGCCGCUGGGCCAGGAGGUCCAACACUCAGUGUCCAGCAUCGUGUGCAGGAGAACGAGGUCAGAGAUGCAGGAGGCACAGACCUGGACCAGCCUGAGCACAGUGGUCCUGUCCAAGAGAGGCAGAAUAAGACAGACACCCUGGUUAGACCACUCCAGGCAAGCAGCCUGGCAACUUUCCAGGCACGGGGAGGAACCGCUGCAGUGAGUUUGGCUGGGAGCUCCCUGCCAGGAGCCAAGGACAGAGUCUUGCCUGGUGGGAAGGCUGGGGGUAUCACCUCAGGUCCAGGGACUCACUGGUGGCCUGGUACUGCUGCAGAGCUGCAGAGGUCCCCGUGGUGCCAUACUGAGACCCCCGGGUCAUUGGCCAGUGCGGCAGCUGGGGAGCAGGUUCCACCGUGGUUCACAGAACAUGACAUCCAGACUCUCUGGUUAUUGGCCCAUGGGGAGGUGGUGGGCAAAGCCAGGGUUCCCGCCCACGGGCAGGUGCUGCAGGUCGGACUAUCUGCUACAGGUGCCUUCCAGGACAUGUCUCCUCUCAGGCUCAGCCAACUCUGCUCCCAGGGCCUCUGCGGCCUCAUUAAGAGGCCCAGGGACCUGCAUGAAGUCCUAGCCUUCCAUGUGGACCGUGUACUGGGGCUCCGACGGAGCCUGCCUGCUGUAGCCCGGGGCUUUCACAGUCCUCUUCUGCCUUACCGCUACACGGAUGGCGGUCUGAGACCCGUCAUCUGGUGGGCACCCGAUGUGCAGCACCUAGGAGACCCAGAUGAGGAUCAGAACUCUCUAGCCUUGGGCUGGUUGCAGUACCAGGCCCUGCUGGCUAGCGGCUGCAGCUGGCCAGGCCAGAGCCUGUGCCCGGGCAUCCACCAUGCUGAGUGGGCACGUUUGGCCCUCUUUGACUUCCUGCUGCAGGUCCAUGACCGCCUGGAUCGCUACUGCUGCGGCUUUGAGCCCGAGCCCUCAGACCCCUGUGUGGAAGAGGGGCUUCGAGAGAAAUGUCAGAACCCAGAAGAGCUGCGGCUGGUGCACAUCCUGGUCCGGAGCAGUGAUCCAUCUCGUUUGGUGUUCAUAGACAAUGCCGGUAAUCUCCAGCAACCUGAGGACAAGCUGAACUUUCGGCUGCUGGAAGGCAUCGAUGGGUUUCCUGAGUCCGUUGUGAAGGUUCUUGCAUCAGGGUGUCUACAGAACCUGCUGCUCAAGUCGCUGCAGAUGGACCAGGUGUUCUGGGAGAGCCAAGGCGGAGCCAGAGGUCUGAAGCACGCCCUUGAGACACUGGAGGGGCGAGGACAGGUCCUGCUGAGACACAUUCAGAGGCACAACCUCACGCUGUUUGGGGACACGCUGUGAGUCCACCUCUGUCUGGGCAGAGCACACCCUGCUGGAAGACUUCCCAUGAUGUAAGCCUGAGCUGGUGAGUGUGCUUCCCAUUGGCAGUAUUUCCUUGACACAGUUGCCCAUCCCAGGCAAAUGGGGAAAGUCAGAAGCUGGAGGAGCCUACGGCAUCAUGGGAUGGAUGGCUCACCUGCUGAGAUGGACUGGCGCCUUCAACAGCGCAUUCCUGUCUGAAUUCCCAGCUCUGGCUAUUUACUCCAAUGCAGCAAUAAACAUGUUUAAGAAUGUUCUGUGAGCCGUUCCCUGCAUGUGUA